GCUGUGCACUGAAGGGAAAAGUGUUCUUUAUACAUCCUUCUGCACACAAAAAAGGGGAUUACUUCCAGGGAAAAGCACGCAGCUGGAACGGAAACGAGGGGUUUUAGUGCCACCUGCUGGCCGGGAGCGGUACGUCACGUCCACGCGCCUUUAGUCGAGGUAUUACGGUAUUCAAGCUGCGCGUGCCGGUGAGGACAUGACAGCCGCCAGCAAACAGCUGCAGCCCCUCAACUCCCCACUCCAGAGCGGAGACGGACGAUCGAGACCGAGUUGAAGAUCCCAGCUCUCCGUUCACGAGAGGAAGCGCCAACGCCGGACUGCUUUUCCACGCCGCUAUCCGGUCCCCGUCGUCGGGUUUUUCCUAAAUCAAACUGCAUGCUGGGACGGAGUAAAUGUUGAGCCGGACCCUCCUGAGCAGACGCCCUCUGUUCGCUCAUGUCCCCGUGUGGUUCCGUCCGGCUGGUUCGCCAAUGCCUCGAUGGAGAACCUUCUUCAGUCAGUACUUGCGAUGGUCCAACACCGUCACUCAAGCCCUCGCCCUGGUCGCCGUGACGUUCUGCGUCGUCCUGCCGCUGUGCUGCCACCGGCUGCUCUACUCGUACUUCUUCAUCAAGUCCAUGUACCUGGACUCCAUGAGCGAGGAGGUCCUGCGGGAGAGCCUCGACCGGGGCCAGGACGCGCUCCGCUUCUGGCAGGGCGCCUCCGCCGCGGCGGCGGCGUCUUCCAGAUUCGGCGACGUCGCCCAGCGCCCCGAGCUGCUGGUUAUCGUGGUGACGGCCCGGCGCAACGAAGGGCGGGACUUCCACUACCUGCUCCAGGUGAUGCGUCAGCUGAGCGGCGCCCUGGGAGGCCGCGGGGGGGAGCGGCGGUGCGCCGAGGUGUUGGUCUGCGACGUGGAAAGCGGUUCCCGGGAAAACCAGGACGCCAAGCUGCUGGAGGACCACUUCAGGGUGAUCCGGCCCUCUCCUCGGGAGCGGCAGCAGAGGAGCGGGGAGCGAGUCAACACCUUCGAGCGGGAGAAGAGGGAUUACGUCUUUUGCAUCCGCAAGGGGUGGGAGCUGGUGAAGCCCCAGAACACGGUGGUCCUGGAGGACGAUGCUUUCCCGAAGGAGGACUUCUUCAGGGUCGUCAAGGACCUCCUGUCGCGGCGGUUCUCCCUCCAGACGCUCUACGUCAAGCUGUAUCACCCCGAGAGGCUGCAGCGCUACUGGAACCCCGAGCCAUACCGCAUCCUGGAGUGGGUGGGACUCGGACUGGUGGCCGCGACGGCCCUCCUCCUCACCGUUCCUCACUGGAACCCUUGCUCUUUCUCCUUCACGCUGUCGGCAAGCCACCUCCUCUUCUUCGCCGUCUACUUCAUGGCGGCCGCGGAGCUGCUGGGGCGGCACUACCUCCUGGAGGUGCGGAGGCUUUCCCCGCAGCUCUACGCCGUCUCUCCGGCCACGGAGUGCUGCACCCCCGCCAUGCUCUACCCGGGCAACUCCUCGCUCAGGGUGGCCGAGUAUCUGGACGGCUCCUUCUGCGUCCAGGGGAGCGCCAAAGACAUGGUUCUGUAUCAGAUGGCGAGGGCGAUACCCGGGGAGAGAGCUCACAGCGUGGAACCCAACCUCAUCACUCACAUCGGGGCGUAUUCCUCAGUCCGAGCCAACCCGUCCAGACCCAAACUCCUCUAGCAGUGAGGCACCUCUGCUCAACAAGGCUGGAUUAAAUCAGGUUCCCCCUCACUUGGUUCUUGACUUUUCUGUCACGUCACAUGCUGGAGUCUUCCGACGGUUGAAGACAUCACUCAGAGGAUUAUUUUGAUGAUCAGACAUCAAAAUGUGGGAUGCACCAGUCUGACCUGUUCAGUACCGAUACGGUUAGCGAACCCUGGGUAUCGGACAUUAAUGAGAACCGAUCUGAUACCAGUGUUGAAUUAAUAUGCUGUGUGGAAGGGACUGCGAUAAUCCUUUUAUGUUUAAAUCAGACUUAACUUAAACAUUACUUUUCUAUUUUUGUCAAACUAAAUAUUACAAAUAUAUAAAUAGGGAUAAAUGUACUGAAUUCUUAUUUAUUAUAAAAAAUGAUGAUGAAGCAAUUUGUGUAAAAAAUUGUAAACCUUUAAAUGCAGCAACAAAUAAGUUAAAGCUUAAGUAGGAAUUAAAACAAUUAUAUAAUAUAGUAUUUAGACGAUGUAAAAACUAAAUUAUUUGAAUAUAUUGGCUCCGUUGUGAACGAUACCCGGUCCAGCUGCUUGAGUAUCGGCCCGUUCUCUGCCCCGGUGCAUCCCCAUGACGAUAAAGGCGAGGCUACAUUUGGUUGAAAGGUAUUUUGGGACGGUUUGAAAUAGUUUUAGUCGUUUUUUCAGUUUUCCGACUCCCGGAAGUCUGACAAAUAUUUUAUUUAAAUCAAUGCAGCUGUCUAAAAGGGCAUUUUACGUGUCACGUAUUUCUAGCGGGAAAUAGGUUUACCUCGAAAAACUUAUCUGAUGAGUUACAGAUGUCUUUUCCCAAAGUAACUCGACAGGAAAAGUGUUUCUUUUUGGCACGCGACGGUCUCGGAAGUUGUAAUUCCACCGUUUGGUCACUCUUUAGGAUUUUUUUUUUCCUUCGAAGCCCGGUGCUCUUCCUGGGGGCUCUCGUUAGCUGGCUAAUGUAGUUUGGCGUAGCUUUAAAAAAAAAAAUUCUAUUUAAGGACUCGUUUUAAAGGGUCUUUAAAAAGCACAUUACAUUUAUGCAUUGUUUGUUAUUGCAUUAAAAGCUUUGAGGUAGAAGGAGUGCUGCAUGCUGGGGAAUAAAAUCCCCAAAUCUAUGAAAAAGCUGGAUUGCGCUGCUAGGUGUUAGCAUAGCAUCAUUUGCUUAACAGAAGAUUUACUAGAAUGCUAGUUAGUAAAUACUGUUUAGUAAAAACCGACACUGACCAAUCUGUAUCACUGAAUGUGCCUUUCAUGUGUUUGACCAGCAGUAGAGGUUUCACUCCAUAACAGAAUAUUACCCAUGAUUCAACUCUGGAGGAAAUUACUCUAUUGCAAUAUUUAUAUGCAUUUAAUGUGUACGUACAAAAUAAUAAUAAAAAAUCAGGAAAAUUUAAUUGAAUUACAGGAAGUAGCUGCCAAAGUAAAACCGAAUAGGCCAAUGAGAGUUCUCCAGUCUGCUAUUAAUUUAAUUAAAUUAAAUUACACCAGGAGCUCAAACAGGUCUAAACUGCCUGAGUUUAAUCCUCAAAAUGUUAACGAGCAUGUCAAAUUAAAGUUGAAAAUAAAUCGUUCUAUUAUUUUUUAGAAUAAUAAAUAGAGAAAUAUAUAAAGUAAAUUAAUCUGAGGGUUUUCCAAAAAAUAUUUGUUCACUUAAAAAGUAGAAAAUAGGUUUUUAAUAGUAAAUAACUGGUACUCACAAUUCAUGUUUCACAUAUUCAGAUAAAUGAUCAGAGUAACUGCACGUAAACACUAUUUAACGUAUAAAAGUUUGCGUUUUCUUUUUCCACAGAAGUAUAUACUUUACUGCGUAUUUCUAUUUCAAGUUGACAGCAUUAAUUUCUAAAAAGAAAAACAAUUUAAUUGAUUUAUUUGAAGCUUGAUUUUGGUUUUCUGUCCUUCAUUCACGAAACAUUUCAUUUGAGUUUUUAAUGUUUUUCUCUUUGUGUGUUAUCAUCACAUCACGUUUGCAUUUUAAUAAGAGUGUGAGAAAAUCAUUUUAUUUCUUUUUUUGUUGUCAAAUUAUUGUCCAAAAUUAGCCGACCAAAGAUUGAUUGAGAAUACGUUUAAUGAAUAUAACGUUUCAAAAGGAAAUAAACACAUGUGAGCUUCUGCCCUCUCGACAUGAAGGACGAUGCAAAUGAGAUCUUCUUCUGUCUCUGAGAUCACAUUUUGAUUUUAAUCUUGACACGUGGUUCUGUUUACACCGAGACUCUUUUACUGUUUCCUACACUAAAAUAAAACAAUAAAUCAC